AGCAAAAUACGACGGACAAAAAAAUGGAGAAUUCGAUCCCGAUAGAUCUCAUCAUCGAGAUACUCUCGAGAUUGCCAGCGAAAUCAGCGGCGAGGUUUCGUUGCGUGUCGAAGCAAUGGAAGUCAUUGGCUCUAACCAGGUCAGGGUUUCACCGCGAUGAUUUCUCCGACUUGUUAACCAGAUCCUCCGCUCGUCCACCGCGUCUCUUAUUUGGGGUAGCAAAAGACCGUGAGUGGAGCUUUUACUCAACUCUUUUGCCUCAGAAUCCAUAUGACAAGUCUUCGUCUCUUGUAGUAUCCGCCGCCGGAGAUUUUCAUACCAAGUUCUCUAAAGGUACAAGCGAAUUCAAUUGUAGCUAUGCCUCUGGAUUGAUCUAUUUUCAUAGAAUGUGUAUCCCAAGGGAAGAUGAAGAUGAGAAACGUGUGAUAUAUAACCCUCUCACAGGACAGUAUGUGAUCUUACCUGAGCUUAGAGGUUAUUCGUAUAGCUAUUUAGGGUUUGAUCCGGUAGACAAGGAAUUCAAGGUCUUGUUCAUGAGUACUAGUGACUAUAUAGCUUCUAGUGAUACAGAUCAUUAUAUCUUGACUCUAGGAGCUAGGAAAUUGAGGUGGAGGAAGAUCCGUUGUCCUUUUACCCAUGAGCCUGUGUGGGAUAGGAUUUGCAUCAAUGGGGUUUUGUAUUACUUAGCUAUAGGUACUGAUGGACGGUCUUUUUUGAUAGUUUGCUUUGAUGUUAGAACUGAGAAAUUCAAGUUCAUAUGCACCCCAGAACGCUAUUUUCCCUCCUUGAUAAACUACAAGGGAAAGUUAUGUUUGUAUGAUUCGGAGUGUUGUAGAUUUUCCCGUAAGUUGAGUAUGUUGGUUCUAGAGGAUGUCGAGAAAGAGGAAUGGACGACUUAUUCUUACAAAUUGAGGGCUGAGAUUGAAGUCGUUAAGGUUAACAAGAAUCUAGAGGUUGUUGGGGUGACUGCUUCAGGUGACAUUGUUUUGUCGACGGAGUCUGCUUGUAAACUGUUUUAUGUUUUCUACUAUAACCCCGGAAGGAACACUCUCCAAAGUGUUGAAAUCCAAGGUGUUGGUGAUGCGAAUCGUGAUCGCAGAGUAUACACCUUUGCGGAUUAUGCAGAGGAUCUUAGUGUUGAUGAUGCGAUGAAACUCAAGUCAAUCCCUUUACAACCCGUCCAAAAUGUCGAUCCCGAGAGGCCAGAACCACGACGACGUACGCAUAUAUCUCCUGACCUCUCCAAGUCUCCUCAAUCUGUGAAGUGCAAGGAGCAGAACAAGUGCGAAUCAUCAUCAGCUAACAUGCUCUACCUCUCUCUUGGCUUAGCUAGUGUUUGUUUAAGUUUUUCUUUCGUUUUCUUUUACCUCUACUAUUCUGUUAGGCUUAGCUAAAUUUCUCACAUAUGGGAACAUAAGAUCAAAACGCCUAAUCAAGAAUAUGUAUUAAAAUGUGACUGUCAGUGAUAAAAUAUGCAUAUAUUAUGUAUACAUACCACUCUUCCGUUCUA